CGGGCCCGGCCCGAUUCUCCGGUCCUUCCCCUCCCCUAUUUUCCUCCCUCCCUCCCUGUCCCUCCCUCGGCGGCUGUCGCCCUCCGGUCGCAGACUCCCCGACCCCUCCCAAACCCCCUCCUGGUCUCGGUGCCCCCCAGGUUGGCCUCCUUUUCCUGUUUCUCGGCUCAGUCCCCGUAUCAGGGCGGGGGCCUCGAGGACCGGAGGCGCCGCAGCGAGGAGAGAAAAGACCAGGACGACCCUCAGCCCCCCAGCUCUGUCGCUGGCUUCGCCGCCGCCAUGGCAAUGAGGCCGACGCCGCUCACCUGCUCCGGCCACACGCGGCCCGUGGUUGAUUUGGCCUUCAGUGGCAUCACUCCGUAUGGGUAUUUCCUAAUCAGCGCUUGCAAAGAUGGUAAACCUAUGCUACGCCAGGGAGAUACAGGAGACUGGAUUGGAACAUUUUUGGGUCAUAAAGGUGCUGUUUGGGGUGCCACAUUGAAUAAGGAUGCCACCAAAGCAGCUACAGCCGCUGCAGAUUUCACAGCCAAAGUGUGGGAUGCUGUCUCAGGAGACGAGCUGAUGACCCUGGCUCAUAAACACAUUGUCAAGACAGUAGAUUUUACGCAGGAUAGUAAUUAUUUGUUAACUGGAGGACAGGAUAAACUGUUACGCAUAUAUGACUUGAACAAACCUGAAGCAGAACCUAUGGAAAUAAGUGGUCACACCUCCGGUAUUAAAAAGGCUCUGUGGUGCAGUGAGGAUAAACAGAUUCUUUCGGCUGAUGAUAAAACCGUGCGCCUUUGGGAUCACGCUACUAUGACAGAAGUGAAGUCUCUAAAUUUUAAUAUGUCUGUUAGUAGUAUGGAAUAUAUUCCGGAGGGAGAGAUCUUGGUUAUAACUUAUGGACGAUCUAUUGCUUUUCAUAGUGCAGUAAGUUUGGACCCAAUUAAAUCCUUUGAAGCUCCUGCAACCAUCAAUUCUGCAUCUCUUCAUCCUGAGAAAGAAUUUCUUGUGGCAGGUGGUGAAGAUUUUAAACUUUACAAGUAUGAUUAUAAUAGUGGAGAAGAAUUAGAAUCCUACAAAGGACACUUUGGUCCUAUUCACUGUGUGCGAUUUAGUCCUGAUGGGGAGCUGUAUGCCAGUGGUUCUGAAGAUGGAACUCUGAGACUAUGGCAGACUGUAGUGGGAAAGACAUACGGCCUUUGGAAAUGUGUGCUUCCUGAAGAAGAUAGUGGUGAGCUGGCAAAGCCAAAGAUCGGUUUUCCAGAGACAACAGAGGAGGAGCUAGAAGAAAUUGCUUCAGAGAAUUCAGAUUCCAUCUAUUCUUCAACUCCAGAAGUGAAGGCCUGAGUGUCAGGCAUAUGCCACAGACAGUAUACAACAUAUGGACUAAAAUGAGCAAGCAGAGUAAAGCAUCAGCCUUGCAGAGUUACUCUCUGCUUAAGGCAAACACAGCGGUAAAUAAUGAGGAAUAUGAAUUAGCUCCAGUACUGGAAUAACUAACUUGGUGUUACCUGUAAGUGAAAACUUACAGAGUAUCAGGUGAAGGCAGGUGGAGUUCUGCUAUUGUAGUACGAUGGCCUCUUGUCUUUUUAAUGAAUAUGUGCAAGCCAACAUCCAAUUUCUCUUAUUACAAUUAGAUUUCUUGUAGCUCUUUAUGUUAUUAUGGAGAAGAAAAAUAUAUUGGCCUAUUUUUCUGACUUUUCCCUUUAAAGGAGAAAGCCUUUUUUUUCUUUAGUUGUAAAGAAGAGGGAAUACAUGAUAAAGUAACUGGUUUGAUUUCUCUUUCAUUGUACACUGCUUCUGAACAUCUAAUUGUUUUUAGUUAUCUAAAUAAAUGCCUCUAAAACAAAA